CCUUGGUCGGCCUCUCGUUAAACAAUCAACAUGUCCGCAGCGCUGCUCACUCAACUUAAUGGUGCACUGCGCUUUCUUCAACCCCCACCGCCGGUUCCGGAAGGCGAGUACGAAGGCCUCGAAUACCGGUGGAGGAACAUCGUCUUCCGCCCGGGCCAGUUCAAGUUCGAAGCUGUCGGGCUUGGGUUUGUUAUUAUCUACCUCCUCGUCUGGGCGAUUGGCAGGGCGCUUAAUGGUGGUCGUGUGAGAGCUUGGUUCAAAACACACCUGCCGUUCUACGAGACGCAGUUCACACGCCCUGCUGUGAGACAAUUACAGUCAGACGGCCCGUCAGAUUACUUCAUAUUCUCCACUGGCAGACGCGGUGUCCUCUCAUUGCAUACGACAUUCACCCUGCUCUCGCGGCACAACCUGAUCGAUAUGAUUUACGACUUUGGUCGCAGUCUGAUCGAGCUCGACUAUUCCCCUCGGGACUUACUGGAGCUCGACUUUAGGCUCAACGACGAUGGUACCAGGCCUGGAUUCGUUUGGGCAGUUAUGAAGAAGGAUGAGAUGAAGACUCUCCGCCGCGCUCGGUGGGAUCUCUCCCUCACUAAAGCCGGUGAUGAUAAGACCCUUCCUGUCUCGCUGGGAAUCAUGACUGAAGCAGCAGAUAUCACCGAAGCGAUACUAAAAGGGCCUCUUCUGGCGACUCUGAACGACCCGAAUGUGCUCAAGUACUUCCGUUACCUGAUCGUCACCGACCAGCCUGCUGAUAGGCCCGAGGUACCCAUCCCACUCGCCGAGCGUGAGAGGCACGUUAUCCUCGCCCUCGAGCCGCCUUCUGGUGGACAGAACGCGGAGACGCUGCCCAUGGUGCAAUCUAUUUUCCGCUUCGUCGAUACAGUGGACAAGCUUCCACUGCGUGUCGAGACCAUUCGCAAGCUCAAGCGUAGCAGGCAGGACUUUGAGGAAGAACUACUGAAGGAGAUCGCUAAGGAAAAGAAAGAACGCGACGAGGAGGAAGGAGAGGAUAAGAAGGCUGCGAAGCGGAAGGCAGAGCAGGAGAGGGUGUCUAAGCUGAGUGCCGAAGAGCAGAAGAAGUGGGAGGAAAAGGAGCGCAAACGCACCAUGAAAAAGGCGCAGGGCAAGCUCGUUAAGCGUCAAUGAUCGACUGCUCCCCCAAUCUCGUGCUAUAUUUCGUUCUAUUCAUUGGCUGGUUAUCACAUGAUCUUCUGAGGGUAGCAGGGGAGAGUGGAUCAUACAGUUGUUCAUGGGUACUGUAAAAGU